AUAGAAAGCCCCAACCAGAGACACGUUGAACUUUUGCUUUAGUAGACAUGUCAGCCCCCAGUGCUUAGAAACAACUGACAAUAAACAGUGUAGUUCCUUUGCUAGGCUGAGAACUCCAAAAUGGUCGUUGUUGACUCCGAGACUGCGACCGUUCUUCGUGUCAAAGGUCUGCUGGAGUUCAGAUGUCAGCUGGACGGCACAGAUGAGCAGCUGGUGCGAAAUGUCAUCUCGAGAACGUUUGAGACUCUUCGCUCCCAGGUGAAAUCUGAAUCCUGUGUUCUGGCAGUGAGCGACAGUCCUGUUAUUAUAUGGCCAAACAAAGAUGCUUAUGCCACACCUGAAGAAAUAACUCCAAGUACACUAUGUGAAGAUAUGCAUCAAUGGAUACAGGCAGACGAACAAGAGAGUUCUGGGAAAAAAUCAUCAAAAAAGAAAAGCAAAAAAAGUUCGGUGGCGAGUGUCAUAAACCUUCGUCUGAUGACGGAGGUGACAAAGCCAGGCCCCCUCUCAGCCCCCAUCCUCACCAAAACAGUUCUGAAAUCCCACUUUGUGAGUGUGACUCUUCCACUAGACUGUGUUGUCUGCACCGGCCGCAGCGAUACAAUCAAGGAUGCCUGCGAGCAGCUAAUUGAGGCACUAACUCAUCAGUUGUGUGAGAUGGAGAAAGUGACUCUUCAGAACAUGAAGGGAAUGACAUUACUUGUUCCUGAACCGGUCCACUUCCUCCUUCCAGAACCAAAAGGACUGGUGACUGUGGUUUAUCCAGUAGGAGUGCCUGACAGCCAGCUAGUAGCACAACGUAAGGAGCUGCAUCAGCAGUUUGAGCUACCAGAUGACAGGCCUUAUUUCAGAAGAGCCAACGCUUACCACUUUCCCAAUGAGCCCUACAAAGACGGUUAUCUCCGAAACCCUCAUCUGGCUCUCACGCACCCUACCCUAGAUAAUGGAAAGGUGUAUUUGGUCCAGGGGAUCUACAGCUAUCACCACUACAUGCAGGACCGUGUAGAUGACAAUGGCUGGGGCUGUGCUUAUCGCUCCCUGCAGACUAUCUGCUCUUGGUUCCAGCAGCAGGGUUACGUAGAGCUGCCUGUGCCCACUCACAAGGAGAUCCAGCAGGCUUUAGUGGAUGUUGGAGACAAGCAGGCAUCCUUCGUCGGGUCACGUCAGUGGAUUGGAUCCAUUGAGGUUCAGGCUGUUCUGAGUCAUUUGCUUGGGCUCACUUCCAAGAUCCUGUUUGUGAGUCAGGGAGCUGAGCUGGCGUCCAAAGGCCGAGAACUGGCCAACCACUUCCUCACUGAAGGAACUCCAGUCAUGAUUGGAGGAGGCGUUUUAGCUCACACUAUCCUGGGUGUGGCUUGGAGUGAGACCACAGGGCAGAUCCGCUACCUCAUCCUAGAUCCUCAUUACACUGGAGCAGAGGACUUGCAGGUUAUCACAGACAAGGGCUGGUGUGGCUGGAAAGGACCUGACUUUUGGGAUCAAACUGCGUAUUAUAAUCUGUGUCUGCCUCAGAGGCCGAAGGUCAUCUGAGCUCCCUCAGCCUUCCAGAUGGAUCUCGUUUCAGUGAAUCAUGUUCAGAAAUAUGGAGGAGCACUCUAACUCGCCUUCUUUAUGAACACGUGUCAACUUUUGCAAACUGAAGUAAAAUGUGUUAUUACUGUAUGUAAAAGGCUUUGGUUUUGGUUGAGUCCUGCAUAAAUGAUUAACUUGCA